UGGUCUGUGGGACACCAGGGGAGAGGCGGUGUUGUCUUCCUGACAGCGGAGAGUCCACUCACAGUGGAAACAAUCACUUCUAGGUCAAUUGUUAACUAAUAUAAUUCAUUAAAUAGCUUUUUUUUUUAUAUUCUUUUCCAGUAAAGGAAACAAUGGAGGUCGACUCAGUCUUCUACACUGAUCACAGUGGGAGAGCCAGUAACCCACUGUUGGACCAGCUCCCCAGCUACCAGUCCCUGCUGUACCGCAGGAAGUCGUCAGCCGCUGGCCCCAAACGAAGAAACAGCACCAGGGGGGCGCGACUCGGCUCCUCCGGCAGCGGGAAAUGGGGCGCGAGCACUGUCGGCAGAAAUGAGGAGAAGCAGAAGAGUCAGAUGGCUCAGAGACCCGUAAGGGAGCUACCCAAGACCAUGGCCGAGAAACGCAGAGACGAAACACAGCGCUUGAAGGAGAAUCGCGAGCUCAGCACUUUUGGACAGUUGAAGCUAAGCACCCGCAGGUGUCUGAGGAGGCUGAGGGAUGAUGUCCAUGAAUGGCUGAGCUCCCUGAAGCUCUGGAGGGGAGACAUCCACAUGAUAGAAGGGAUGUUCGGCACAGGAAUCCUGUCCUACUUCUCCUUCCUGCGCUUCCUGGUCAUGCUCAACUUGAUCAUCUUUGUGCUCAUGUUCAGCUUCGUCAUGUUACCCAUCAUCAUCGCCCCGAGCGAUUCAGGAAACAUCACCUACAGCCAGAAUGACGGAAGUGUGUGCAGUGUUUAUCCAAGCAGCACCCGGAGAGGUCUGGUCAUCUUUCAUGAGCACAUCACAGAUCUGCUGUCUGGGGGAGGCUUUCUGGAACAGACCUAUCUUUUCUACGGCUACUACAAAGUGGACAAAAUACACUUCCCAAAGGCCACUUACAAUUUGCCGCUGGCCUACCUGCUGGUCACUAUAGCCUACCUGUUCCUCAGCCUCGUCUGGAUAGUUAAAAGGUCUGCCACGGGCUUCAAACGUAACCUGAUUCAGGAUGAGGAUCGCUUUCAGAGCUUCUGCAACAAGAUCUUCGCUGGCUGGGACUUCUGCAUCACCAACGAGAACGCAGUGCAGCUGAAGAGAAGCAGCUUGCUCUACGAGCUCAGGACGGAUUUGGAGGAGGAGAGGAUCAAACAGAAAAUAGCAGAUCGCACCCGUAAGGAGAGAUGUCGGAUUUACCUACUCCGCCUCAUUCUCAACCUUUUUGUCAUCGCCGUGCUGGCUAGUUGCUUCUACAGCAUUUAUGAAGCCACCAUCUUCUCCCAGAAAGUGCAGAUGGAUAAGAUAAAGGAGAAUUUCAUCGUGGAUCUCAUCUACGAGUACCUACCCUCAAUUGUCAUGACCUUGGCCAACUUCAUCACCCCCCUCCUGUUCUCCGUCAUCAUCAACUAUGAGGACUACUCGCCUGCGUUCGAGAUCCGCUUCACGUUGAUGAGGUGUGUCUUCAUGCGGUUGACCAGUAUUGGGGUUUUGCUCUUCUCUCUCUGGUCUCAGAUCACUAAAUGUGAAGAGGACCCCUGCAUCUGUGGCUAUAACCAUAAGCUCUACUCUUGUUGGGAGACCCGUGUGGGCCAGGAGAUGUACAAACUCACCAUCUUUGACUUCAUCAUCAUCGUCGCAGUCACCAUCUUUGUGGAGUUUCCCAGAAAGCUGAUAGUGAAUUACUGCGACUGCGGCCUGGCUAAGUGGUGGGGCCAGCAGGAGUUUGCUAUUCCUCAGAAUGUGCUGGAGAUCGUCUACGGUCAGACCAUCUGCUGGAUCGGCACCUUCUACUGUCCGAUUCUGCCGGCCAUCUGCACCAUUAAAUACUUCUUUAUCUUCUAUAUCAAAAAGGUCUCGUUGAUAACAAACUGCCGUCCGGCCACACGUCCGUUCCGAGCUUCCAGCUCCAACUUCUUCUUCCUGGCCGUGCUGCUGAUCGGCCUGGCUCUGGCCUGUCUGCCCGUCACCUUUAGUGUGGCACAAAUAAACUCUUCCUGGGCCUGUGGACCGUUUGUUAACUACAACACGUCGUGGGAGGUGCUGCCGACGACAGUAGCUGAGCUGCCUCACGGAAUCAAAACGCUCCUCUUCGCUCUCUCGUCAGAGGCCUUCGCUGUGUCCUUCUUCGUUGUCACGUGCUUGGCCAUGUUUUAUGUGAUCGCACUAGCUGGAGCUCACAAGAGAGUUAUCAACCAGCUGAGGGAGCAGCUAGCUAUGGACGGCCGUGACAAGCGCUUCUUGAUCCAAAAGCUGUGCCAGGCCCAGAGGCUCUCAGCCAUCAAAUCCCCGGUGUCCAAAUCCCAGCCCCGCAGAAGCAGCAGCAGGAGCAGCCCCAGCUAUCACACCAGCUUCUCCAACAAUUUCAAUGAAGGUGUGUUUCUGGCACACUCGCAGCCUGACUCCUCCACACACCAGCUCAGCUGGUACGGAACCGGAGGCAGCGUGCUGUUGCUCAUCUAGAGAUCAGUCAGCUAAAAAAAAAAAACAAAACAAGAGAUGUUGAGAAUUACGAUCCGGGCAGACGUGGGAGCCCUUUGGCUGUUAUUCUGCAUCACCUAUACCCAGUUCUCCACCGUGUCCUCCGAUGACAUAGUGGUGGCAUGCGGGGGGUUUGUGAAAUCCGACGUUGAGAUCAACUACUCCCUGAUCGAGAUCAAACUGUACACCAAACAAGGUUCCUUGAAAUAUCAAACGGAUUGUGCUCCAAUCAAUGGCUACUUCAUGAUCCCUCUCUAUGACAAGGGAGACUUUGUUCUGAAGAUCGAGCCGCCUCUUGGGUGGAGCUUUGAGCCAACCAGUGUUGACCUCCAUGUGGAUGGAGUGAGUGACAUCUGCACAAAAGAAGAAGACAUCAACUUUGUUUUCACUGGCUUUUCAGUCUCAGGAACGGUUCUGAGUAAAGGCCAUCUCCUGGGUCCGGCUGGUGUGGAAGUCAGACUGACCCGAGCGGGAACCGAGGAGAGACUUCAGAGUGUCGUCACACAGCCUGGAGGAAAGUACACCUUUUUAAAAGUACUCCCUGGACAUUAUGACAUCACAGCUGCUCAUCCCUCCUGGACUCUAGAGCAGAGCACCACCUCAGUGCUCGUGUCCAACGCCAACGCCCCGGCUGUCGACCAUCUGGUGGUUGGAGGCUACGAUGCCUCGGGAGAGGUCCGCAGUGACGGAGAGCCCAUGAAAGAGGUCACCUUCCUGCUGUACUCGGCCACAGUCAAGAAAGAGGAUGUUGGGGGCUGUAACACAUCUCCAGUGGAGGGGGCGGAUUCUGGAGACAGCUCCCUGGUCUACCUGUGCAGCGCUCUAUCCAGGGAAGAUGGGACCUUCGUCUUCCCCUCACUGGCCAGCGGCGAGUACACCGUGGUGCCCUUCUACCGGGGAGAAAGGAUCACGUUUGAUGUUGCUCCUUCUCGGAUGAAUUUCAAGGUGGAACACAACAGCUUGAAGCUGGAGCCCAUCUUCCGUGUCAUGGGCUUCUCCGUGACCGGCCGAGUUCUCAACAGUGUCGGUGGGGAAGGCGUCCCCGAUGCCACGGUGUCCCUCAACAAUCAGAUGAGAGUCGUCAGCAAGGAGGACGGUUCUUUCCGGUUGGAGAACAUGACGGCUGGUACAUACACCAUCCGCGUCAGCAAGAAGCUCAUGCUGUUUGAGCCAAUCACAGUGAAGAUCGCCCCCAACACACCCCAACUCCCUGACAUCAUCACAGCUGGGUUCAGUGUGUGUGGCCAGAUCUCCAUCAGCCGCUUGCCUGAGGGCAUGAAGCAGCAGGGCCGCUACAAGGUCACUCUGACACACCAGGGCCAAGACAAGGCCUCCAGCAAGACCAUCGACUCCGACCCGCAGGGGGCCUUCUGCUUCCAGGCCAAACCUGGAGACUACAGUGUCCAUGUAUCACUCCCUGAGCCGGAGGUGAAGGCGGGCCUUGCUCUGCAGCCUCAGGCCCUGGAGGUCUCCCUCGUGGACCAGCCCCUCACAGACCUACUUUUCACCCAAUUCAUGGCUUCUGUCUCUGGGAAUGUCCACUGUUUAGCCUCCUGUGACGACCUGUCGGUGACCCUGCAGCCAGUGAGUCGGCAGGGAGAGAGGAGGACGGUGGCUCUGACUGGCAGCAGUGACAUCAUCGGCUUCUCCUUCGACGAUGUUUUAACAGGAAAAUACAAAGGUCAGGACUCACCAGCAAUAACACAAAACAUCUGUAAUAAGAGCAGUAAUAACAAUUGUGAUAUUAAUUAUUUUAUUCUUUGCAACAACCUGUUUUUAUUCAGGGUUAAUAAGAAAUUAGAAACUGGUGGUUGUGAGUAGUUGCAGUUGUAUAAAUCAACAUUUGAGGAGAGCACAAAUGCAAAGUCAGCAUGCAAGUUUUGACUGAGAGAAAUCAAACUGACCACUGUUUAUGAGCUGUUUUCCUCCAUCCUAUUCAUAUUUCUAUUCAGAAAUCCAAUUACUCUCUAAAGAUUGUGGGGAAAUAAAUUAGUAAUUACCAGCUUCCGGUCAUAAUUGAUAUUUAGCACCAGCUUUCAGGAAGUUAGUCUGUUGGUUGAUUAUUAGUUGUUGUCUCUU